AUGAAUUUGAUUCAACGGGGUGGAAAGUUUUUGGAGGAUUAUCAGAAAUACCAUCCUAAGGCAGUGAUGAAAAAGGCUAGGCCUUGUGUGAGGUGGGAAUGCCCACCUAGUGGAAGGCUGAAAAUAAAUGUCGAUGGAGCAGUUUGCUUGGAGAAUGGAUAUGGGGGAAUUGGGGUAGUAGUGAGGGAUGAAGUUGGUAUGGGUAUUGCUGCAGUAGCAAGGCCUUUUCUACAUGCAUACUUGGUUCUUAAUAUGGAAGCGGAGGCGUGUAGGGUUGGUCUUCUUCUUGGUAUUCACCAAGGUUGGACAAACAUUGACAUUGAAAGCGACUCUGCCACCCUUGUGGCUGCUCUUAAAAGUGAGGAGAAAGAUCUCUCGGAGGUAAACCGGGUUAUAAGUGAUUGUAAAAGUUACUUUAGUGUUUUUUAA